CUGCUGCUGCCACCGACGCCGCCCCAUCGCCUGGCACUGGCAGCAGCCGUGUGAGGUGGGAGGGUGUCGGCCUGAGUCGCCCCGACAUUCAGUCAGCCUCCAGUCAGUGAGAGGGAUACAUGUGCUCGUCUGGCGCGCGGCCGCCACUCGCUCGCCGUGGCCACUCACGUGAUUGCUUGGCCCCGCGCGACUCUUAACCUUCUCUACCAAAAUAUAUUCCUUCUUGCUUGGACCCGCCAGCUGGCAUACACUGAGCCUUGCCACUUAAUAGCUAAAACAGGAAACAGUGACGCGAAGUGACUCUAAUCCUCUGAAUCCCGACACAGUGACACGAGUGUUGGCGGGCGGCUCUGGCCAAGUGCAGGCGCGAGGGUGUAACUCAGCGCUGUCCUUGCUGGGGUGGACUGGAGCGUGUGUUAGCAUAGCAGUGGUGACAGAACCGAGGACAAAGGACAUUAGACAGUGACUGAGAGUUGUCAUCACACUUAUUCCGUAGUUAUCCCUCUCACCCUCCCUCGUUUCCUUCUCACGCUAUUGAAGCGUUCAGUGAGACUCAGUGAAGCACUCAAAUACACACUGCUACGUGUGCCCGCCCUUCCCCCCACACACAUACUCACACACACACACACACACAUCCUGAAAACAGAGGAACAGAAAGCAACCCAACUUUUGAGUAGCUGUUUUCCGCAAAGCUAACACGAUUGGAUAGUCGUGAGUGAGUGAGCGAGAAAUGAACGCUGUACUAGGCGUGGACUAUGAUAACUGAGGGAAGCAGAGGAAGUGGUAACCGGAGAAAGAAGAGGAGGAGGAACUAAGAGAAGACUCAGUGAGGAAAGAGAAAGAGAGAUAGAUAGAUAGAUAGAUAGAUAGAGAAAGAGAGAGAAAGGGAGAGAAAGGAGAAAAGUUGGAGCGUAUUUCAACAUGUGUGUGUCAAGCGAGGCAACAUUACUGGUGGCGGUGAUGGUGAUGACUGCCCUGCCUCAUGGCCUUUAUGGUACAGUGACAGAAACACAUCCAGGAGGCAUACCGAUGUUUACUGAGGAACCCACAGACGAGAUAGUCAGGCGGAACGACCCACUCACGCUGUACUGCAAGGCCAUAGGAGACCCGCCGCCCAAGAUUACGUGGUACAGGACGGACUCCGAGGCGCCCUUACGAGACCGGGACAGCCGCAUGCAGCUCCCAGACGGCUCCUUAUUCUUCUACCGCCUGCGUGGGAGGGACCGCGGCACCUACUACUGUGUGGCGAGGAGCACGGGAGGCACCGCCACCUCCAGAAGGGUCACCGUACAGAUGGCGUAUCUUCGCGAGACCUUCCGCAAGUCUCCGCUCAGCCUCGGGGUCAACGAAGGAGAGUCUGCAGUGUUCGAGUGUGAUCCGCCUAAAGGCCACCCGACACCCGUGGUGACCUGGAGGCUGGACGAGCGUGACCUUAUUCUGCCCCGGCACAGGUACCGGCAGGACGGCUCCACCCUGAUGGUGUCCCACGUGGUGCCUUCUGACGAGGGCGAGUACCAGUGUGUGGUGACGAACAUGGCGGGCAGGAGGGUGUCUGAGGUGGCCCAGCUGACUGUGUAUGAGUCAGCGCGAGUGGGAGGCGUGGUGAAGAGCAUGGUGGGCGUGGCAGGGCACGACGUGACGCUGCCCUGCGUGCCCUCAGGGAAGCCCGACCCUCAGGUGGUAUGGCGGCGGGCAGACGGACUGAUGCCAGUGGGCCGCGCCGCAAUGGGAAGGGACUGGAGCCUCACCAUAACGGCUCUGCGCAGCGGCGACCAGGGCACCUACGUGUGUGAAGCAACCAAUUCCGCAGGCACCCACGCCGCCAACACCUCCCUGCUGGUGGUCGAGAGGCCGCGGGCGGAGGGCGGCGUACGGCCUCGCAUCGCCGUCAUCACGCCGUCACAUGUACGUCAGAUCGGCUGCCCCAUCACGGCCACGCCCACCCCUAUCAUCUUCUGGGUGAAGGAGAACCAUGGGCGGCAGGAGGCUCAGCGAGAGGCGGGGCACACACUAACGGGCGAUGGUGAGGAUGUGUAUCUCCUGGAGGAAGAACAGCCGUGGGUAGUGGCGAGUGGAGCAGCUGCCACAAUGGAGAAGGCGGCGCCCAUAGUGGACCACACCUUCAGCCUCCACGUCACCACGCGUCACGAGGGGCUCUGGGCAUGCAUGGCGGCCAAUGAGGUGGGCGGUGUGGUGAUGCCAGUUCGGGUGGUGGGUGGUGGCGUGGCAAGGGGCACUGUCUCCGUCGGGAUGGUUGGCGUUGAUGAGGUAGAGGCACGAGCUGCACUGCUCACACCCACUCUGGAGCAAGGCUUCCCGUCCUCCUCCACCCCAACUAGUGCCACUGUUACCUGGAGAUUGAGUCCUGCACCUGCCCACCAGAUCCACCGGUCCAAGCACAUCGAGGGGAUCUAUGUGCUGGGGUGUGAACGAGGCAGUGGCUUCAUCCAUCCUCGGAUACAACAACAGCUCCAGACCCACGACAUUUCCCUCCUGCACCAUCCACACUCCCACCACAGCCACAACCACGAGCCCGGCCCCACCACCCACACCCUGGAGCAAAGGGAGUCGUCCACUUCAGAGCAUGCGGAGUGGCCUGACAGUGGAGGAGGGCCCCACACCUCACUGGCAGAGGAGAACGUUGAGCACAUCCUCUUAGAAAAUGAGUCUGGGAGAAGCACUACAUCCUCCAACACCACUGUAGGGGAGGAGGGAGGUGAUGACUUCCCACUGCCACCCACCUGUUCCAACCUGAGAGUGAUGGGCCACACCCUUGUCCUGGCCAGGUCCUCCUUCCAGGUGGUGGGGCUCCAUCCCUUCACUUCCUACUGGUUCCUGCUCCUGCCUCACUACAAGGGUGUGCUGGGUGUGCCUUCCAACAUGCAGUCACAGGAUGUGCCUGCAGGGUGGCCAGUGCUCUCAAGGUGGUGGGCCGCCAGAGUGGGGCAGGACACAUAUGCCCUCACCCUUCACUGGCGACCACUGCCCCCACACCUUGCCCACGGCAUCAUCAACAGGUAUCAGGUGAGUGCUGGAAUGUUCACCUCCACACACUUGUAUAAUUCACACACACACACACACACACACACACACACACACACACACACACACACACACACACACACACACACACACACACACACACACACACACACACACACACACACACACACACACGGUUUUGAUAAAGUACCACAUCAGAGAUUACUAUGGAAAAUUAAAAACAUAGCUGGCUUACAGGGAAAAUUACAUUAAGCCCCCGCACUUGGCAAAUUAAUUAGUCUGGCGAAACUACCUCCAAAUGCGAAUUUCGCCAA